AUGGCCGAGCAGUUGACCGAGGAGCAGAUCGCUGAGUUCAAGGAAGCUUUCAGCCUCUUUGAUAAGGACGGCGAUGGUUGCAUCACCACCAAAGAACUGGGAACCGUGAUGAGAUCACUGGGCCAGAAUCCCACUGAAGCUGAACUCCAGGACAUGAUCAAUGAGGUUGACGCUGAUCAGAAUGGAACCAUCGAUUUCCCUGAGUUCCUGAAUUUGAUGGCUCGCAAGAUGAAGGAUACUGACUCUGAGGAGGAACUUAAAGAAGCUUUUAAGGUCUUUGACAAGGAUCAGAAUGGGUUCAUUUCUGCAGCUGAGCUCCGCCAUGUAAUGACUAACCUUGGGGAGAAGUUGACUGAUGAAGAAGUUGAUGAGAUGAUCAGGGAAGCUGAUGUUGAUGGUGAUGGUCAAGUCAACUAUGAGGAGUUUGUGAGGAUGAUGCUUGCUAAGUGA